AUGGCGGCUAAGAAGACGUGUUCCUUUUACCGCGAAUUGAAUAAUUUGAGCACUGCCGAUUUUUUUAAUGAUCAAAAGAGGCUGAAAUCAUCAGCCAAGGGACCAUAUUAUGAGGUGGAACGUGUGAUUUCAAAGAGAAACCGCAAAGGCAAGGUAAGUUGCUUCGUUUUGUUUGUCCGAUCUGAUGUACUCAAAUGGAGUCAGUCAAUAAUCAGGCUAAAAUAUAUCUCAAUUACGCCUUAGGUUGAAUAUCUUGUGAAGUGGAAGGGCUACGGCUCCCUCUCCAACACUUGGGAACCAGAAGAAAACCUUAAUUCGUUGGCACUGAAGUGAGAACGGUGUUUUGAUUAAGAUAAGUUCUCUCAUUGGGCAUUAAUAUGGAACUUGACAGUAGCAUUUCUGAGAUUCUACGAUUUGAUCAAAUAAUUUAGUCACAAGUUCCGAUGUUACAAUCUUAAAACCCGUGAAAGCAAAUAUUUUGAAAAUUCUAAUUUUUUAAAUAAACCGAUUGUUGUCUUAUUGUCAUAGGCAAUAUUUAGUGAUUCAAUUUCCCUGUUUGAUGGUUAAUCUUUGGCAUUUUUGUAUAUAAAAUUCAAGUACAUUUUUCAACUGUACAGGUAUCUAUCUCUAUCUGACCAAAAAUAAAUUGUCUUUAUUGAUUUUUUCCCUUUUUAGAGCAUAUUUAAACCCAAAGCCUACCCAGGAGUUAAUUAGUUCAAGUGUGGAUGCCUUGCAUGCUGCAAUUUUGGAAAACCUUGCCUCAAAGAGUUUAUCUCCAACAAUCAUUCCAUUCAGGCAUGAUGUUUUCCAGUAUCUUUUCAGGGGAAAGGGGAAAAAAAGCCAAGACUUUGGAAAUGUACUGUUGGAAAAACAGGAUUUUUCCAACUGCUCCCUUCCAAUUGAUUGGGACAGACUUUUAGAUAGCUUGGGGGAUGGAACACUAGUUGAAUUUCCUAUAAAAGUGCGGCUAUUUAUGUCAAGAAGCCCUAAAAACCAUACUGUGAGCAAGGAAAAAGCAAUAAUAUCAUCGCCUAGGUAUUUUAUUGAAAAACUAAGCAUUAAUUGUAAGAAAAAGCCAUUGCGUGUUUCUGCAAAUUAG